AUGGGUAAAGAAAUUGUUCGCCAAGAGUCACCAUCUGAGCCAGGCAAACGAAGUAGAUUGUGGUUUUAUGAGGAUAUUUGUCAUGUUCUUGAAGAAAAUACCGGGACGAGUAAAAUUAAAGGCAUCCUGAUGAAUUUUCCAGAAGAACAUGAGAUAUCCUUGAGUUCUAAUAGCUUCUCAAAGAUGAAAAAUCUUCAACUUUUCAUAAAUAGGAAUGCACGAUUUUCUGAAACUCGUGUGGAUUAUCUCCCCAACGAGUUGAGGUUGCUUGAUUGGCCUAAAUGUCCGUUGCAAACUUUUCCAUCCAGUUUUAAUCCAAAGAAACUUGUUGAAAUCAAUAUGCCUCGUAGCAGCUUGUCACAACUUGGAGAAGGAUUCAAGAGGUUGCAGAAUCUAAAAUCUAUGAGUUUGGAGGGAUGCAAGUUCCUCACAGAAACCCCCAACUUUUCUGGAUUCCCAAAUUUAGAGGACUUGAAUCUAAACUACUGUACAAGUUUAGUUGAGGUUCAUCCUUCUGUUGGAUUCCUUGAUAAGCUUAUUUGCUUGAGUAUGAGAGGAUGCCGUAAACUUACGAAACUUCCAGGAAGGGUUCACUUAAAAUCUCUGGAAUCUAUAGAUCUUAGUCAUUGUGGAAGGCUAAAAAAUUUCCCUGAGAUUGUUGGAAAGAUGGAAUCAUUGGGAGAGAUGAACCUAUCCGGCACUGCCAUUGAAGAAUUGCCUUCAUCAAUCAACAUCUCAUUCGUCUCUAUUCAAGGUGCCAAUUUAUCCGAAAUCGAUUUCCUUGGGACUCUUGAUUGUUGGUCCAGAUUAGGCGUACUUGAUCUUUCAGGAUCCAAUUUUGUUAGACUUCCCGAAUGGAUUACCAAAUUUGUCAACAUGCAAGAACUGAACUUGGUUGGCUGCAAGAGGCUUGUAGAGAUUCCAGAUCUUCCACCAAACAUAUCUUCAGUAGAUGUGAGUGGUUGCAUAUCAUUGGAAAGAUUUCCGAAAUUGCCAAACAUCUUGGAAGGCAAAGAGUUACAGAGGCAUAGAAGGAUGGACUUGUCUAAUUGCUGGAGACUGCUCGACAUUGCGGCUCACUUCUCUGAUCACUUUCUGAUCGCUUGUAAGCAAUUGUCAGUCGGGGUCGUAUUUCCAGGAAGUGAAGUUCCAAUGUGGUUCAACUGUCGUAAGAAUUUGAAGAAGCCCGUAAAGAACUGUGACAUUUCCUUCGAAAUCCCUCGAGACUUCAGAUGGGAAAAGAAAGGAUUGGCUAUCUCUGUUGCUUUUGAAACGCCAUUUAAAUCCGGCUCGUUUUAUGCCGUUAUUCACGUCAAUGAAGAAAAAAUUUAUGGUGUUAUGUUUGAAUUUGGUUCAACAAUUUUUGAGUCAACUCACGUGUGGCUGCUCUAUGUUCCGUUUUGUAAGAUGGAUGAGUAUGUAAAGCUAAAUCAGUCUACGUGGCCGCGACCGCCUUUUAUUUGUCGAGCUAGUUUUUAUCGAGAUUAUGAUCCACUGUAUUUUAAAAGCUGCGGAGUCCACCUGGUAGUGCCACAGGAUGGUGGAGAUAUUCAUUCGUCUCGCCUCGUCGGUGGCAGUGAGGAAGGAGGAGGAUGA